UCUGGCUGUCAAUCAUUUCAAACACGCCACACUGUUCAGCGGCUUUAAAGUCUGGACAAAUCCCGCACAAACCCCAGUUUCUCCGGAACUCCGAAGCUAUCCAGACUGCGGACCGUCAUCCCAGACUCGACAGCAGACAACCUCAGCGUCACCCUGGUCGAUAUCAUCCUUACUACUGUUUCCAGAACUUAAAACGAAGUGACCCAAUCCAGAAAUGUCAAAGUUCAUCAAAAGCAAGGAAGAUGGAGAACUUCUGAUGACCGUCAAGGAUUUCAAACCCAACGGUGGCACUCAAAUUGUUGUCAAAAAACUUGACCCGGCAAACGAUGGGUUCCAAAAAUGGUUUUUUAAGAGACAGGGCUCAGGAUACGUAUCCAUAGAAGCUGAGAGUACUCCACCGCUAGCAAUGAGUAUUGAUGAAAAACCAGCUACAAAUGUGAAGGUCAUCAACAAACAGUGGACAGGAAGUGACUAUCAGCUGUGGAAGAUUGAGGAGCGAGGUGAAGGAUAUAGUAUCAUUUCCCCGAAGCUAAACAAAGGUGGUGAAACUUUUGUUAUGACACUGGAAAAUCAAAGUACCGUCCCUAACACCAAUGUGGUUCUGGUUCAAUUCCAAGCUGGUAUUCCUACUAAAGCACAACUGUGGAAAGCUGACACCAAUUAAUUCCAUUGGGUUGGCACAGUAUAGGAUGCUGGAGUUUAAUAUUUUCCACAUUCAAUGUAGUCUUACAUGUUGAUGUUUUGAUGUCUAUCAGAUAUCUUCUAUCGGAGCUUCUGAAUGCAGUGCUUCUUCUCGCCGUUAUGUGUGUAGACGAUUUAGGUGGCGAUUGGGGAUUGUGUUCUGGCCGUUAAAGCCCUAAUUGCAACUAAACUCACAUUGGUUACAUAUAGCAGUGAUAAGUAGCACUCCAGUCAGAAGCUCUGGGGAAGGUGUCUGACAGAUACUGAAACGUCAGCAGGAAAAGCUACACUGGUUGUGAAAAGAAAACUCCAAUACCUAUGAAAAUUCAUGUAAAACACUUAACAUGCACUUCAUGUCAUGAUUUAAUCAACAAUCAUAAUAGUGCAUGUUUUGUGUCCUCAUCCAUAUCCAAUGUCAGUGAUAUAGCUGGGGGGUGAACAUUACUUCUUUUAUAGACACAACUACAUACUAUACAUAGGGUCUAAACAAUAGCUUCUUGGAAAGAAUUUAAAUGUGAAACGACUGAAGUGGUUGCCCCUCUUGUAGAAGAUUAUGAUGAAAUGAUGACAUUAUGUAUGGGUCAUCUAUGUUCUGUUCUGUCACCAUUGUCACGAGUCAGUUGAAAUACCAUAUGAUUUUCAUAUAACAUAGACAUGUAAUACGUCUUCAUCUGAAUAUGAUUGCAUGGAAAAGUUAAAGAUCAAUGACACAUUGCAACACCAACCUUUUACCAUUUUCAUUACUUAAUGCAGCCCCAAAUCCAAAAUAUACAUUUAUGAGCUAAAAUAGCCCGAAGUCCCAAAAUGAAAUGAUGGCGCCAAUUCAAAAUUGGGAAUGAAGACUUAGGUAUACAUGUAAAUGUACUGAAAAGUUCUGACUUGAUACAACACAAACACACAAAAAAAGAAAUCUUGAGUUGCCUUCUUUGCGUUGGACCAUGUUAAAACAUAUCAAUUAUUACCGUAUUAGCACAGACGAUUCUUCAUUCUACAGUGAGUUCUUUAAAGUCCUUUUUGAGAUACUUGAGGUUUCUUGAGGUGACACACCAGCCUUUGUACUAAAGGACUCUUACAAAGGCUGUUCAGACUGAAGUUAUGGGGUUACAAGGUAGUACAUAAUCCUUUGGACCUAUUUACCACGAUUCCCUUUCCUUUAUCAUGAUAUUGUUUGAGGUGUUUACAAAUUCCAUUUUCGUACAUGUAACCCCUGACUUCAGUCACAGUGUUUUUUUUUCAUUUUACCAUUACUUAUUUAGAAACAGGCACACAAUGUCCCUCUAGAGACAGAUAACAAGUUGGCAACAUCCAGAGUGUGAAUAGUCCUGAAUUUUGGGAAGAUAGUAAGUCUACAGGGAUGUGAAUCUUGUCAUAGGGGUAGACGCUGUGCCAACAUAUCUUAUUGCUUUUUAUUACCAUUUAUCUAGAUACAAGCACACAAUGUCCUUCUGAUGACAGAUAUCAUACCAAGUUUACUUGGUGAAAAGUGAGAAACAUUCAGAUUGUGAGUUUUCCUGAAAUUGAGGAAUGCAUAAGGUCUUAUAAGAAAUUGAAUUUGAUUCGGUCAUAGAAGUAGACGCUGUGCUGAUAGAGUAUGCAUAGUUUUAUUGUUUUUAUUACUACUUAUUUAGAUACAGGCACACAAUGUCCUUCUGAUAGCAUAUGUCAUACCAAGUUUACCUGGUGAAAAAUGAGAAACCAUCAGAUUGUGAAUUUUUAUGAAAUUAUGUAACACCACAAGUCCAAUGGAAUGGUGACUUUGUUUUAGAAGUAGACGCUGUGCUAAUAGAUACUUAAUUGCUUUUUUUAUAAUCAUUUAUUGGUAAGCAGGUACACAAUGUCCUUCUGAUGACAAAUCAUACUAAGUUUACUUGGUGAAAAGUGAUCAACAUUCAGAUUAUGAGUUUUCCUAUAUGUUUGAAGGCGUUAAGCCUUAAGAAAUUGUGGUUCUGUCAUAGAAGUAGACGCUGUGCCAAUAGUUUUUGUUUUUCAUUGCCAGUGUUUUCGAUACAAGCACCUCAUGUUGAGACCGAUGCUACAUCCAUAUUAGCAAACAGGCUGUUAGUCAACUGCAGCAGUCUAAAAACAUGUGUAAAACUAUCUACACAUAGAGGUGCUGUAUCUAUAUCAUUGACACCUUUUUUUAUAGGAAACGAUAAGUAAAAUUUAGACCCCAGUCUAUACAGUUGGAAGUCUAACACUGCAAAGUAAGAACCGCUUUGUUCCAUCUAAAGCCAAAGGAAAGCAUAUACUCUGGUCUCAGAGUUUGCACUUAUAUGGAAGAUCCGUGAAACUUGUGUGAAUGUAGUUUUUAAGAUAAGAAACUGCAUUGCUUUCCUUUGUCACAGGUAUGACUUUCAUCUGUACAUCAAUAAUGACGUCAGCAGAUUUUAAUGUCAUGUUAUCCUAAGAUGAAUGGUUGAUGGGAAUGUUAAAGAACUUGUAACAUGUUAAGAACUUGAGACCCAAAAUGUAUAAUAACGAAUAAGAAGACAAAGAGUUACCAUUAUCUUAUGGUCUUUUAUAGGCUUGAACAAGAUAUGAACUGACUGGGGAAAGCGCAUUGUAGCUAAAGAAUUAUCAUGGCAAGGAAAACAGCUGCAAAAAGUGCCUUGUGUUACAUCUAGUUUGUUACAGUCCCCCAGAAAAAAACAAUACAAUCUAUUGUUAAUAUCAAGUCUUUUAACACACGUACAGUUACCAACACUAUUGUAUCUGCUGUCUGACAUUGAGACUGGCAUGUUA